CGCUCGGUUUCAUUUCUUUCAUACUGGUUCGGAAAAUUCCUAAUAUAUUCUCACGAUUUAACGUAGUUACUCUGUAAGUUUCUAAUAUUCUUUGCAGAAACAAAGAGCCUUUCUUUGUAAUCUCCCUUUGUUUUGUUAGAUGAGUCUACAAUUAAUACACAAUCUAUGCUGAGAUAGUAAAAAAAAACCGGUAGGGAUUUUGAGUGGUCUCAGUUAAGCUGGGGACUUGCAGUAAGAUGAUGGAUUGUGAAGCAAUGAUUAAGUUUCUUCAUUUUUUUGGAUCAGUGGCUGUUGAUUUUUCUUGCUUGGAUGUUUAAUGUUGUUAUACGCACCUCGUAACCUAGGGUUGCUGUGUAGAAAGAUGAGCACUUAAACUAGAAGCAAGCGGAGAAUUAGAUCUUGAGAAUGAAAUCCUGGUUUUAUCUAGUUUACCUUGGCUAUUUCUACUUGAAAGAAAGGACAAGAGAACGGCGAAAAAUAAAAUAAAAUAAAGGUACAGGGAGGAAGGAUUGAAAAGUAGGCAAAAUUACAUAAGACAGACAAGAAAUGAGAAAGAAAGAGACGAUUGCAAGAAGGAAAGGAAGGGAGCAGUCUGGCUCCAGGAGCGAGGAAAUAGAAAUGGAAGACGAAGGAAUGCGAUCUUUGAAAUGCAUCCUCCCUUAACCUUACACAGGCAUCCUAUGUGCGCUGAGAUUAUUGAAGCAUUCCAGAAGUGCCACACAGACCAUCCAAUUGCUAAAUUUUUUGGAGAAUGCACUGAGCUUAAGAUUAAGCUCGAUCGCUGCUUCCGGCAGGAGAAAGCCUUGAAACGAAAGGCUAACUUUGAAGAGAGCAAAAAAUUCAAAGAAAGAUUGCAAGCUUACAGAAAGGAGAUGGCAGAGAAGGAAAACAUGUGACAAUGCAAAAUCUGGUAAAACUGUACAAGAGCUUGUAUGGAGGAAUCUAUGUACGAACAAACAAUUAAGAUUUUGUUUAAAAUAAUUUUUCUUUUGCUCUUGGUUUUAUGAAUUUGCACUUCGUAGCAAUUCAGAGAUUUUUUUUUUAUUCUGUAGAGAAAAACAAAUUUAGAACCAGCAGAGACACACAUGCUAUGUACUUUUUUUCUUUAAAUUUCUUUAAACUUUGAGCUGCUUCAUUUUCCAAGAGUUGGGAUGAGAACAGAAUAACAAGAAGAUAGGUUUUCAACUAGAAUUUUUUUUAUUAA